GUUGAAACAUAGUAGCCAGCGUUGAGAGGAUUAUUAUUUUUACAUCGGUCGGGAGGGAUAUAUGCAUUGUUGAUGUUAUUUUUUGUAUGUGAUUGACAAACGCUGGCGCCGGUCUCAUGAGCCUGUUGGGUGGCUAUAAGAAAAAGACCAAUUACGAUGGAUAUGAAUCUUUGCAGUUGGUCGAUAGCAGCGGUGACUUCAGUAACCGGGAGAGAGGCGGCAGCUCGAUACCAGCAAACCUAGCAGCGAGGGCAGGCCCAGUGACACCGGACGACUACAGCACCAUGGACAGCUCAGGUGCUACAUCUCCAGAUAUGGACGCUAACUAUGGUGGGGGCCUGUUGGACAUGGUGAAGGGGGGAGCUGGCAAGUUUUUCAGCAACUUUAAGGACAACAUCAAAGAUACCCUGAAAGACACCUCCACCAAAGUCAUGCACCAAGUGGCAACUUAUACAAAAGGAGAGCUGGACAUUGCAUAUAUCACCUCCCGAAUCAUAGUGAUGUCAUACCCAGCUGACGCUGUGGAGAUGAGCUACCGGAAUCACAUCGAGGAUGUUCGCUCAUUCCUGGACUCCCGGCACAUGGACCAUUACACAGUCUUCAACCUAUCCCAGAGGAACUACCGGGGGGCCAAGUUCUCCAACAGGGUUUCUGAAUGUAACUGGCCUUCGCGACAGGCCCCCAGCCUCCAUAACCUCUUUGCUGUCUGCAAGAAUAUGCACAAUUGGCUCAGACAGAAUCCCAAGAAUGUCUGUGUUAUCACCUGCACGGAUGGCCGAGCCCCCUCAGGCAUUCUGGUCUGUGCCAUGUUCUGCUUCUGCCACCUCUUCUACAACCCCGUCCCUGCCAUGCAGCUGCUCAGUGCCAAGAGACCGGGAUCCGGCCUCUGGCCCUCCCACAGGAGGUAUAUUGGCUAUGUAUGCAGCAUGGUGUCGGAGAAGCCAACCCUACCACACUUCAAGCCUCUGGUCAUCAAAGCGGUCACUAUGAGCCCCGUCCCCUGCUUCAACAGACAGCGCAGUGGCUGUCGACCCUUCUGCGACAUCCUUAUCGGUGAAACUAAGAUCUUUUCAACAGCACAGGACUAUGAGAGAAUGAGAGAGUACAAGGUACAGGAAGGAAAGGUGGUCUUUCCUCUGGGCGUGAGUGUUCAUGGAGAUGUUGUCGUCUCGGUCUUUCACAUGAGGUCUACCAUUGGGGGCAGGCUACAAGCCAAGGUGACAAACACACAGAUAUUCCAAAUACAGUUCCACACUGGGUUCAUUGCUCCAGGCACCACAGUCUUAAACUUUACAAAGCCAGAGCUGGAUGCCUGUGACUCCCCAGAGAAGUACCCCCAGCUGUUCCACGUGGUGCUGGAAAUUGAGGUGGAGAGCACGGACAAGCAGAAGGACUUGACCCCGCCCUGGGAGCAGUUCCCCAACAAGGACCUGAUUCCCAACGUCCUCUUCUCCUGCCAGCAGGAGCACCAGGAGGCCCUGGCUAUCGCAGAACAAAUGGAGGGACUGGACCUGGAAGACCCCGGCAGGGAUGGGCGUCCUGGUCAGGCCACCCAGGAGAGUGAGCCCUCCGAUGACGAAAUGCUGUCCCUCUCCAGCCAGCAGAGCAACACCAGCAACGAGAAGCCCGGCGCCGCGCCCAAAGGGGCCACAAAACCUGAGGUCCAGUCCCCCUUCGCCCCUCCGCCCGCCGCCGACGACGUGGACCUCCUGGAGCUGGACGGGGACACGGGGGGCCUGCCCUGCUCCUCCCCCCAACCCCCCACCACCACCGACCUGCUCGGUGACCUGUUUGGGACCGGCCCACAACCGGACAGCGGUCCCGCCUCGACCCAGUCCACUCCGCGGAGAACCGCACCCUCCUCUUCGCCCUGCCCUUCCCCCCGCUCCGCAGACAGUUUUGAUCCUUUCGGGUCGGGAUCCAGCCCCAAGCCGCAGGAGUUUAUGGGCUCGUUUUUAGGGCCAGGUAAUGUGAGGCAGCCGGACCCUUUCCUGCAUGUCGCCGCACGCUCGCCGUCUCCCACCAUGCAGAAUGCAGGCGUGGGACGUAAUUCUCCAGUUCAUCCCACCACCCCUUCUGUGAGUAUUCAUCAGCAGAACACAAUGGGAGGCUGGGAGUGGAACAAGCCGACAGCUUCAGGAGGUUUUGGAAUGGGCAGUAGAUCAGCCAGCACCAGCCCCACUGGUUCUGUCCACAGCACGCCCACGCAUCAGGCCAAUCCCAGCACACUGGACCCCUUUGCUGACCUCAGUGCACUGGGUACAAAUCUGGGAGGCGGAUCGGGUUUCUCCAGCAAGCCCACCACCCCCACCGGCCCUGGGGGAGCGUUCCCCCCGAUGGGGUCUCCACAGCGGGCUUCCCCCCAGCACGGGGCAGGUGGGGGCUGGCAGCCGAGCACGGGGUUCACGCCGUGGCAGCAGGGUGGGGGGGCGCAGUGGCAGCCCCAGCAACAGCAGGCCAAAGCGGCUCCCCCGCCCAUGCCCCACUCGUCCCCGCAGAGCCGCCCCAAUUACAACAUCAGCUUCUCCGGGAUGGGCGGGGCCGCCGCCAGCUCCUCCGGGAAGCAGCCGCAGCCAUUCGGGACCAAGCCCAAAAUGGCUGCCGCUAACUUCGAUGACCUGUUGUCUGGACAAGGCUUCGCGGGUGGUAAAGAGAAGAAAGGGCCAAAGACAAUAGCAGAGAUGAGAAAGGAGGAGAUGGCCAAGGAGAUGGACCCUGAGAAACUGAAGAUCCUGGACUGGAUCGAGGGGAAGGAGAGGAACAUCCGGGCCCUACUGUCCACCAUGCACACAGUCCUGUGGGAGGGGGAGACCCGGUGGAAGCCGGUGGGUAUGGCUGACCUGGUCACCCCGGAGCAGGUCAAGAAGGUGUACCGCAAGGCCGUUCUGGUGGUCCACCCUGACAAAGCCACUGGAGAACCCUAUGAACAAUAUGCCAAGAUGAUUUUCAUGGAAUUGAACGAUGCCUGGUCAGAAUUUGAAGGCCAAGGACAAAAACCAUUGUACUGAAAUGUGAGAAAGUUCUUGCUGCGUCCGCUGUCUGAUUUUGACUUUCCAGUCAAUAUGAUUCUCUAUGAUCUGAACACUCUUUCAUAGAGAUGUUAAUUUACAAAGUAACUUGUGUAGGUUUGUAAGCAUCAGACUUGCAUAUAUGCCUGGUCACGUACUGUCCAUUGAGAGAUGCAACGCUGGCAAGUGAAAAAGAAUGACGCUUGCAAGUCCCUUCUAAGGAUGGGAUGAUACUAAUUCAGAACAAAAAUAGACGACACAGGGAUUCGCAGUAUUUUUGUUAUUAUAACGACAAAUGAGCUGCAAUUUCAUGAAGGUUAGAACUGACUUAACUUCAGAGCUGCAUUCACAUAAUCACCCCACAAGGAUACGUUUCUUUUUCCAAUUGAAUCAUUUACCUUUUAAUGAGUAUAUCUCCUCUCCUUUUGGUAAUCAACCACAUUGUGAGCUUUUGAAAUCGCUCACAAAGUAAUGACAUUAUUUUUCACACAGUUGUUUUAUCAGAAUAGCAAAUAGUACGCUAACAAUAAUAAUCAUUGACUAUAUUUAUGUUAAAGAUCUUUCAUAACAACUUCUCACUCUUGCUAAGUUGUUUAUAACUCUAGAGCCCAGCUGUAAAUUCAACACCAGUUGCCAUGUGAUACACAGUAACGAUGAAAUGUGUUUCCAGGUUGAGUGGGUGUUGUUAGACAUUGGUCAAAUUGCCAUGGUAGUUAGUGAAGCUAAUGUCUGGACAGGGAUGGAGAUCUGUAUGGAAUCUGUCAUGUUUUUUAUUUGACAACGAUUGCCCCCCAUAAGGUGGUCAUCUCAUAUCUUGUACUGUAUGUGAUCCAGUCUUCUCUUCAGUUUACAGAUUUACCCUGUCAACUGUGUGAUUGCAUGCCCAGUGGAGUUCCCAGUAUCUUGGCCCUCAAGUGUCCAUGGUAAAAAUGGCAGUUAGGACUCGAUAGAUCUCGAUAGGUCUCUGUUUCCACCAUUCUUUUCAGUCAGUGCACAGCACACUGUGUAUUAUACAGUAGAGACUCUGUGUUUACUCCCCGAAUCAACUACUCUUUCCAUUCUUAAACAAAGUCAAUAUCUACAAAACAUAAAUGAAGAGAUGGCUCAGCUUUCCAAUAAGUACAACAAAUGUGGUUUGAGUUUUGGCAAAGGCCCACAUUUGCUGCCCUGCAUUACCAAUUCUCAGUUUGGAAAAAUGUCAUUCUGUGUUGGCGUUUUGUGUCAACUUACAUAUUUGCAUUUGAAAGUCACAAUGGGGGUUAUUAUUAUUAUUGAAAAGCAGAGUUUUUAUUUUUAUGUUUAGCUUCUGUGCAUGUGCUGUUUUAAUGGAAGACUGUUUCCAGAAAAAUGUCCCCUAUUACCAAAUCUAACGUACAUUCUCAAUAUCAGAUUAAUGAAAGUCCAUUUCCACUACUUUGAUCUAUUUUGGAGUAGUGUAGACAAAAUUAGCUUCUGCACCCAAUAGGGUGUUUUGUAAUGUCACUUUGACAAUUUUUAUAAUUUCUGUGUUUUUUACCUGUCGUGUGUCGAAUUUGUGCAUGGGUAUCCUUAUAACACAGAAAAUAGUAUUUGUUAUUAUACAGUAGACUAAUUGGAGAUUCUAUACAUUGCCAGUAGAUGCAAAUGUGUGAGUGAAUGGUGUGUUAAAAAUGGCUCUGGUUUCCUAAUUUUUGAACAAAGUUUUGCAUUGAUGAAAAUACAGCACAUUAUCACUCUGAGAGACAAUGUCAUCUGACGACAUAGUGCUGCCCAGGAUGGAAAAAUGGUUAAUUACUCACAGUACUCUUAGUUUUUUCCCUUCACUUUCAUUGACUUCUGCACAAUCACAUAAUAAACAGUAAUAACAGCUCUAGAUAAGUAAUACAAUUUUUACGAUUGUAUUUUCUCCACACUACUGUCUUCUGACAAUGUGUGACUAAUACAUUUACUGACAGGAAUCACCCCACAUCAGUAACUGUUUUACUGAGGCAUCCAUGUCAGUCAACCUGGUCAGUCUUUUACUGUGAAAAAAGGGAAGUUAUACUUUUUUAAUGUUUCUAUUAAUGUUACUGUCCCGCAGUGACAUUAGCUGAUUUGUAUCGAUUUAUUUAGAUUUUAGUUGGCAGUGUGUACCAAGGACAUGUAUAAUUUAUUUUAAAAUCCUAAUAAUAAUAAUUUUAUCGGAAUAUAUCUUUUUAUUUAAAAAUAAUUCUUUAUAGUAUUUAUGUUAAAUAAUUAUGUUUUUUUAACUUAAACUGGAUUACAUUCACAGCUGCUGACCGCAACUGGGUGGGUGUUUGUGUGCUGAAAGUUCAGUGCCUGUUUUCCUUGCAGAAAAGUUAUUGAUCAUUUCUUAGUGAUUAUAUUUUGACGAGUGGACUGACAAAUAUAAUACAAACUUUGUAACUCAUGUGAUACCUCUUCCCAUAUUUCCUUUUACCUACACAGUUCAAUAUCAGUCUGUGCAUUGGCCUCAUACUGUAUUCCGAGGAUGUCAAUCACAUUAUGGAGUAACAGUUGCUAUGUGUAAGACUUAAUGAAUGUCUAGAACAUGCAUAAUUGUUGAUCCAAAAGAGGCAACCAUUUAUCAGAUGUAUCUUGCACAUGUUCUGUGUGCAUGUUUCCAUUGCCAAUGGAAUCCAGAUUUUGUAAGUCAUAUUUCGCUAGCACAAUCCUUCUUAUGCUAACACAGCCAUGGGAAUAUGAAAGGAUCGAUGUGCUUUUUAAGCCAUUAUGCUACCUGUCUUAGUGCAUAACUUGGUUAUGUGCUCAGUUAUACAAACAACAUUUAAAACCAUAACCUGCAUUAGCAGUGUUGCAUUGCAGUUAGCUCUGGGGUCUUUAUCAGCAAUGGGAGAAUAGCGCACAAUAGGCCUACUUUAUAUGAAAGAAAACGAAGGCAUAGCUACUGUAUCAGUUUGGUCAGGUGCUUCUCCAGUCCUCUUCAAUGUUGCAGAAAAGGGAACCGUUCAAAUGUUUGUCUACAAGCCUGACAGACCUAUGGACAACCAAGUGUUUUAACUGCAAAAUGUGAAAUAAUAAAUCCCGAAGUUCAGAAAAUCUACUUUGAGGUGAUAUCUUGAAGGCAACAACUGUUUAAGUGAGAGAUCUGGAACCUAAAGCAAUGUUGAAGCUCACUUUAUAUAGAGUACAUGCACCACUGAAACUAUCAUGAGAAAGUGGUGAGUUUUGGAUACAAUUAUGUGUUUGCUUGUCUGCUGUAAAAGUAUUACUGACAUGUUAAUUAUGUUUCUGUGAUGUUGGUUUUGUUGUUCAUGCCAUCCUGUACAUAUAACAAUGUGCAAUGCACAAAUAAAUGAAAAUGUUAAAAAAAGGUGA